GGCACAACGAUUUAUCGCAUCUCGUUGGCAACACUGCGCGUGGUCGUUAGAAUUUAACGAAGAGUAUGUCGAGUCCCAAGUGUAGCCGCCAUCAUUUAAGUCAUUCCAACAUUCGAAAGACAACGAGCGUAUGACCGUUGAACUUGGAGUUCUAUAUUUCCCGCCCAUACAUUUAUGUUUUAUUGUCGUCGGGUGUCGUGGCGUAAUUCACAACUGUCUAUGUUCAAUUCCUGAUCAUCUCUACUACAAUCGUCAUCAUGCAUAGAGGUUUGUUUUAUUUGGUUAUUAUUCAUUAAAUAUGUACCUUGCCUCGUUUUGUAUUAUGUUUUGUGUAAUAUGCGUUAUGUUUGUAUUAAUGUAACUAUAGGUAUAAUAAUAAUUGGCGAUAAUGCUGUGUGCAUUGUUAUUGCGUAUACUCAUAAUAAGUUACUGUACCACACUGCUUUAAUUUUAUAGAAGUAUUCAUUGUUGGUGUACCUAUUGUUUUGUUUUUGACAUCACAUGAGUCCGAAGUGUGUAUAUCUAUCACUUACAGUAGGUAGUGCUUAUAAUCCCAAAUACCUAUAUUCUUGGCAGAAAACUAAAAUUUAACAUCCAACAGUUUUUAUUAAUCUGCCAUUCUAGCAAUAAUAACCCAAUAAAAUCAUUGCUAUAAUAACAAUUUUAUUACAGGGCUACUAAUGAGUUACUAAAUGUCGGUUUUUUUUAGUUCUACGCCAGUUUUAAAAGCUUCAAUCAUUCUAUGGAUGCCGUAUGGUCACCAUUAUAAACUGAUCAUGUUAUCAGAAAUAUCAUUAUUCCAAUUUAAAUCAUAAUUUUGAAAUAGAUAAUUACAUUGAUUAUUUAUUUUUUCAGUCUUUUUUUUUUCUUUUGUUACGUACACAAAUGAAGAUUAAUACCAGUUUACAGGAUCACAUACAAAAUAAAUUAGUUAAAACUGCGUUUUCAUAUAAACAAUUACAAAACCCUUACAAAAUUAAUUUUUUUAAUGUAAAAUGUUUAAAAUCAUUCAUUUUUGUAUAAUUGUAUUAUACAUCUACUACAGAUUUUGUUUUGGUACAUUCUUCAUGCUACUUAAUUACAUAUUUUUUUCUUUUCUCUUAAGAAGUAAAAUUUAGUUCCUACCUAUAGUGUGUUUUUUAGAAAAUAUAAAUUAAAAACGCCACUUUUUAGUGUAUAUUCAUUAUCUUUUAAGAUACCUAUUGCCUAUCGUUAUUAGGUUUUCCAAUAAUAAGUUGGUAGGUAUAACUUUAAUUGAUCACAAACUAGAAAUUGAUAAGAUUUAUGACCGUUAAUAAUUUUACUCGGUAUUUUGGCCGAGGCCAGCAUUACAUAAUUUAUGGUAACUAGAUAUAUUUUUGGCGGUUUAGACAGUGUUCAAUUGAUAGUGGUGCUUUGUCUACAAUAUAUAUACCCAUAUAUUUCAUACUAAUAGACGAGCCUUUUGUAUGUAGAAAGAGAGCGCUCUUCACAUGUGACUUGUGACUAUUAUGUGGUAUUAUUGUACAUUGUACUACACAUACAAUGACAAUACUGAUGUGAUUACACCGUACAUCACUUUAGUAUGUCUGACCAGUUACUACCUCAGCUACUAUGUAAGCAAGGCCAGUCUAUUAGUAUAAGGUCUAUGUGUAUACAUGGUUGAAACAUUUGCAACUUAUCAUUGUGACUAUGAUGAAAUACUCUACAAUCGCCAUUAGAUAAUCGGCUUCUAACUGUUGAUAAUAUUUUGUACACCAUGUCUAAUCUGUACAAUAGUCUUACAGUAAUCCGACAGAUAUCAGACCAGAGAACUGCCGAAUUAAUAGAAAUCCAUAUAAAAUACAUUUUUAGCUAUUAAAAAAAACCUUAAUUUAUUUUAUUAAAACAUAAAUAAUAUGUAUUUAAUAAAUUAAGCUAAUAUAACACAAUAACUAACCAAUACACAAUAAACACACUCAAUACGUAAACGUUAGCUGAAUACAAAUUAAAUAUCUUAUCGGUUCAUUUGGACUUAUCAGUUAAUUUUAUUGGUUAUGAUAAUAAUUUUAUGAUUAUUUAACGAAAAAAUAGACGGAUUACUAAGACUACUGUAUAUUCUAAAUUCAAUGGUUAUACCUAUAGGAAAACAAAUUAUUCCAGAAACCUUAUGAUUAAUUUUUAAACUUGUGGAAACCAGUUAUCGAUAUUUUGUAGAGAUAGAUCUAAGCCAUUUUGGUAUUUAAUUAUAUCUUUUAUAGUUUAGAACGUACGACAUACCUACUUAAUCUUAAUACUUUCUGUAUUUAUUAUUUUGUACAACUUGUGAGAUCUAUGUUCUGUACAUGUUGUUUGGCGUAUAGCAAAUAUAAAUAAAUUAUUUAAUCAGAUUGAUGAAGACCUAUAUUGUCUGUUAUAAUAAAUUUAAUUAAUUUAUAUUUUUAUAGGUGUUGCUAAUAACGAGUAUGAGGUUGACAAUAUAUUAUAUGAUGAAACAUUUGGUAGUAAAACUCUGUACUUAAUCAAGUGGAAAGACUAUCCUAUGGACCAAAUCACUUGGGAACCUUAUCGCAACUUAACAAACUGUCAUGAAAUUUUAAAUAAUUACAGAUCGAACAAGAUAGUUAUAAAGAACAUAAAAAAAACCGAAAAAUUUUUAAGACUAUAUGAAUCACUUUCAGCACACACUGAUCAAGAAUACAUUGAAACGUUACAUAGAAUAAUCGCAGAAGGUUUUCCGUCUAUAGAGGAGCAGUGUGUGAUGGGUACUAUUGCGUAUUUAACUACAGUUUCUUCCAAUAAUCGAAGUGAACGCUUAAUGAAUCUUGUAAGACAUAAUUUAAAGUUGAUUGAAGUUAGUAAGAAAAGAAAAAAACAGUUGGAAAAGUUGGAAAACUGGCAAAAAGAUAUUAAUUUAACUUGUACUUAUAGUAUAUCUGUUAUUAACAAUGUAGACUUUGAAGGACCUCCUAAAAAAUUUUUUUAUGUUGAUGAAUGUGUUACUGGUGCAGGUGUGCACAUUCCAAAUGAUCCACCAGUUUGGUAUGUAAAAUAGUUAACAAAAUGUGCUUAUAUUUUAGUUUAUUAUAAUAUAAUUUAUUUAUUUUUUAAUUUAGGUGUCUUUGUGAUAAUACAUGCGGAGGAAAAACACGUAAGAAGAAGGAAUGUCAUUUCCGUGACUUUCCAUUAGCUUACAAUAAGCAAAAACGUGUCAGAGUUCCCCAAGGGUCUCCUAUUUAUGAAUGCAACAAAAAAUGUGCUUGUGAUGAUAAUUGCAUUAAUCGAGUUGUUCAGCAUGGUCCAAAUAAAAAUCUAAAACUCCAGAUAUUCCGCACAGAUAACCAACGAGGCUGGGGAGUUAAGACCUUGAUGGCCAUAAAACAGGGGACAUUUAUAUUAAAGUAUACUGGUGAAAUAAUUACUAGGGCAGAAGCUGAUGAACGUGCUGUAACACAUGGAUCAAAAUCAACAUAUAUGUUUGAUCUUGAUUUCUAUACUGAAAAAAAUGACUGUGCUUAUUCUAUUGAUGCGACUACUUUUGGAAAUGUAUCACAUUUUAUCAACCAUUCUUGUGAUGCGAAUCUUGCCACAUAUGCUGUUUGGAUCGAUUGCUACGAUUCAAAUCUCCCAACACUGGCAUUUUUCGCUUCUAGAAAUAUUGCUAACGGCGAAGAACUGACAUUUGACUAUAUGACUUCGGUCUCAAAUCAAAAGCGUAAAAUAAAAUGUAAAUGUCAAGCCAAAAAUUGCCGUGGCUUUUUAUGUUAGCAUAAAAUAUAUUGUUAUUAAGGAGAUGUCAAGUGUGCUACCUAUGUCUUAACGCACAAAAAAAUUGUAUUUAUGAGGAUUGAACAUUUAUCCCGCUAUUUGCAAAUUUGCUAUUUUGUGCAUUAGUAACACGGAUACAGACAGUACAAAUGUUGAGUUUGACAUCCUUGUAAAAUUGUAAAAAAUAUAGAUUUUAAAAUUAGUAGUAUAAAAGGUUUUUAAUUUUUUUUUUUUUUUUCAUUCAAUAUUUUAAUUUUAAAUGUUUGUAAAUUACCAUCUCAUAAAUAAUUUUUCUUGACAAAAACUUAAGUUUGAUUUAUUAUAUAUUUAUAAUAAUAAGUACAUAAUUUAUUUUUAUAUAAUCUCUUAUGCUACAUUAAAACUUCAAACAAAUCGGGAUUUUUAACAUUAUUUAAAAUACACUAAAAACAUUAAUUCUUUUUUUAUUAAAAUUAAUAUGCUGUAAUUUGUAAUUUUGUCCAUCAAGCCAAUUACAAAAUUAAUCCAAAUUUAUGAUAAUUAUAACAUUGUCAUUUUUUUUUUAUUUAAUAUUAUAUUAUGUUUUUGAAAUCAUUGCUGCAAACAAGGCCAAUUUAGAGUCUAUUGCUUUUUUUAAGGGAAUAUAUGUUUUAAUCUAAUUGUAAAAUCUAUUAUUUUGAUUAAUAUUGACUUGGUAUUAUACAAUGUACAAGAUAAUUUUUGUAAUUUUAUUAGUAAACAUAUUUAUAGAUUUAACGAUUUGUUAAUAGAAUUAUAUCACAGAAUUAGUGUAAAUAAGAAAUUUUUAAAAUUUAAAAUAAUAAACUACAAAUGUCUCAAGUUCAGUUAGUUCAAUUUAGUAACAGUUGACAACAAUUUUCAUUGUAAAUCAAAUUUCCAAUAGCCUGAACAUAAAAGAUUUGAUCAAAGAUUUUUGUAUUCUUUAAUGCAUGAAAAUUAUGUUUUCUAAUCGAAUAUUUUUAUUGUAUUUUGUUAAUUUUUUUUUUUUUUUUUUUUUUCAGAAAACGCAUUUUUUUAGUUUAGUUUAUUUAGUCUUUACUUACUAACUCUGAUUGGUUUAUACUAUUAUAACAUAGAAUGUAGAUUUUCCUCUUAAAGGUAUUUUUUUUUUUUUUGAAUGGGGAUAGGCAUCGACAAGGAGUAAUAAAAAUGAAUCAACAAUUUUUAUUUUAAAUAUAAUUGUGAAAUUUUUUUAAAACAUUAUUUUUAUUAUUAUUAUUAUUAUUUAUUAUUAUUAUUAUUAUUAUUAUUAUUAUUAUUAUUAUUACUACUACUAUUAUUUUUAAAAAACUUUUUUGAUUUGUAUUUUUAGUUAAAAUAAACUUAAUUUAAUGAUAUAAAAUAUCUGGUGUAUAAUGAAUGAGAGAUAUUUUAUCUAGCAUAUAAUUAUAUAUUGAAUUUCUAAACAGAAAAAUUAAUCAUUUAGUUUUAUCAAUGUAAUAAUGACAUACCUGUAAUAUAUUUUAUUCAUACUCAAAU